CGUCCGAUCCGAUCCGUCCGCUCGACCCCUGGCCGUCGCCGCGCGGGUUUUGUCUCGCGACCCACCCGACCGUUGGGCCGAAAGAUCAUAGUAUCUUUGGUUGGGCCGCGCCGCCCCGCCCCGCGCCAGAGGCAGAGACAGAGGCAGAGGCGGCCCGCAGCCCAUGGGAUCCAUGGCGCGCCUUCUCAACCGCAGCCGGCUCUGCUGGUGCCCGCUCAUCCAGCGGCUUGCCCACUCCCCGCGGACAGCGAGCGUCAGGGGGCUGACACACGCAGACACACGCUCACCCACGUUUCUACAUUUCCAUUCAGAAAGAUAUUUAAUACUCCAAAGAAAAGAAAUUCAUUCCUCGAUUCCAAGAAGAAUAGAAAAUACAAGCUUAUUGGAAGAGACCGCUUAUGAAAAGCUUGCAGAGGAAACACUGGACCUUUUAUAUGAUUUCUUUGAAGAUCUUGCAAAUCAGCCUUUUGUUCCAAAAGACUAUGACGUAACACUUGUGAAUGGUGUGCUGACAAUAAAGUUGGGUGAAACCUUGGGGACUUACGUGAUUAAUAAACAGACUCCAAACCGACAGAUCUGGCUAUCGUCUCCUGUCAGUGGCCCUAAACGAUACGAUUGGACAGGAAAGAAUUGGAUCUAUUCUCACGAUGGAAUUAGUUUACAUGAACUGCUCACAAAAGAGUUCUCCAUGUUGUUCAAGACGAAAGUGGAUUUACUUGCAGUCGCUGCUCAGAUGUACGUGUGACCCAUCUGGAUGCUGUAGGAAACGCUUCCGAAGAAAUAUUUUACAGAAGAUAAAUGUUGUAACAAUUAUUAUGUAUGGAACCUUGUUCUUUUGAUGGGCACUGGAAUGCUAUGGAUAUUGCAUUCAAUUAAUCUAAUCCUAAAUUACUACACCUGUUUUCAGUGGCGACCUGCUUAUCACCAAGUGACUGGAGACUCUUCAAUUACAAUUAAUAUAUGUAAGGAAUGUAUUUUGUUGUCUCAGUUUGGGGUUUAAAAAAGUUUAUUUUUAUUUCCAGAUUAAUUCUGAAUUGCAAUACAUGCCAUCUAAUGUAUAUUUUCUAAGAUGAGUUGUUGGCUUUUUUUUUCUAAAUUUAGAUUAACCAUAAAAUUGUAAUCUAUUGGAAAAUAAUACUGGGCCGUUGGCUCAUUUGCUUUGUUUAUUAUGACAAAUUUCACAAAUUGUGUUGUGCCACAGAAUAGAAUUCCAAUUUAACUUUCAAAAUCUGAUUUUUUUAAUAUAUUGGGAUCUGCAUUUAUGUUAUGAUUUAUAAUUUAAAAAAUGAUUAUUUAUUUCAUUACAAAGGUAAAUGUCCCACUCUGGGUUCCUGCAUGUGAUGGGAAAGCAGGAUUGGGAAUCAAGGCUAUAGCUUUGUUGGCCUAUUCCCAGCUCCAUUUUAAUAUAGGGAAGUGAAUUGAUUAAAACAUCAAACAAAACAA